AUGCCUCUUGGAACACCCCGACUGAACCCUUACAAUAAGCUUCUAUCCCGGCUCUUCGAGUUCCUGGCUCUCUUCUCAAUCCUGAAGAAAGCCGCAGGCCCUCAUGUCAUCACCAACCACGACUCAUCCACCCUAGAGGCAACCAGGCGCAGAUUUCUCAAGAACCUCUGCUUCAUCUGCGAUUACAAGAAAGGUGGCGACACGACGACUUCCAUAGCAGUCGAGAACCGACCUGACUGCUUCAUGUUUUGGGUAGCUGGGAAUGUCACUCCAAGCCCAAAAGUAGUCGAGUUCUUGCGUGGUGUUCUCAGUCAUCUACAAGGGGCUGAGGCAGCUGACCCUAUAAGGAAGAGAAGGUUGGAGGUCAAGCUGACUGAGGAUUCCGUCCAUUUCAGUACUUCUAGGCUCAGAAAGGAGUGCAAAUUGCUAUGCAAUGCUGCGAGGAAAUGUCAGAGUUACUUGUCGACUGGAAUUUCCGGUACUUCAAUGAGUGAAUUCGACGCGCUCAAGAACUGGUUGCUUCAGUUCAAAUUCAACACCGCAGCGGAUAUCUUGCCUUUAUGCCACGCCACUUAUCGAGCCCGAAGAGAUCCCCAGAUGGGAACACUCAGAGUUCUUAGUCGCGAGGAUGGUGCCGCCCUUGAGCAUGCCAAAGCUUUUAAGACUGUCGAGCAUUUCGUCGGACGUCUAGCUGAGCGCAUUCGAGUCCCGAAAGAGCUUGUCGGGGAUGCCAGUCGCCUAGGGAUGCUGCUUCACAGCUACCGUGUGGCCGCGAUCCCUGCUCCUCCUCCGGCAGUCGUCCCUCCCGCUGACGGGCUCACCAAUCUGAAUUCAAUCGCCAAGAGGAUGCUACGUGCUGGAGACCCAAGAAUCAAAGACUUUCAGGAGUUUCUUGCCGAUUUAAAUGAGCAGAUGGGCCUCGAAGACAAAGUGAGGACGAUGUACGACAGAGAGGACACCCAGCCAAGUGUCCACGCGGAACUGCAGAUACUAGAGUUCUUCCACCGAGGUAAGCGCGUAUUUUUCGACAAUGAUCGCUACAUUGCCUGUAGCAAGCUUGCUUGUCUCGGGUGCAGACUCUACUUCAGACACCAUCCGGGCCGCUUCGUGGAGCCCGACUCUCAUCAGAAGGUGUACACCAACUGGCGUCCAAUUAUCCUCCAUGAAGGCCCGGAAGAUCCUCUCUUCUUGGAACAGAGGGCAAUCCUCAGCCAUGUAAGCGAAGAUAUUAGCAACAUGCUCGAAACCGAUAUCGCAAUCAAGAGGAUGAAUGUCAUUUCACACCCUGACUCGAUAACCAACAUAACUGUAUCUGCAGAUUCAGUUUUUGACUCUUCCGAGUUUGAAUAUGAGUCAUCGAAAGACUAUGAGACUGAUGAAGAAACCACCCCGGCAACCGAGGCAGGCUUGAAAGAUGCCGGGGAGUCUCCUGAUAGCGAUGGAGAAUCUGAGGGAGGAGUGGCACUGUGA